GACUGCGGACAUAUAGUACAGGAGAUGACCAGAGACUGCGGACAUAUAUACAGGAGAUGACCAGAGACUGCGGACAUAUAGUACAGGAGAUGACCAGAGACGGCGGACAUAUAGUACAGGAGAUGACCAGAGACUGCGGACAUAUAGUACAGGAGAUGACCAGAGACUGCGGACAUAUAGUACAGGAGAUGACCAGAGACUGCGGACAUAUAGUACAGGAGAUGACCAGAGACUGCGGACAUAUAGUACAGGAGAUGACCAGAGACUGCGGACAUAUAGUACAGGAGAUGACCAGAGACUGCGGACAUAUAGUACAGGAGAUGACCAGAGACUGCGGACAUAUAGUACAGGAGAUGACCAGA